AUGAAGGAGCACGUUGUCCGUUACGCCGGCCUGACUGCCGCUCUCGAGCGCGCCGACUACAGCGGCAAGACCAUCCUCGUCACCGGCGGUGGCCACGGCAUGGGUAUCAAUAUGUCUGAGUCUUUUGCUGCCCGCAAGGCUGCCAACGUCGUCAUUGUUGGCCGUAACGAGUCCCGCAUCCAGGCCAGCGCUGCUAAGCUCGCUGAGCAAUUCCCCGAGACCAAGUUUAUCCCUGUUGCUGCCGACAUCUCCUCCCAGGACGAUGUCAAGAAGCUCUUUGCCAGCCUCGACGUCGCUGUGGAUAUUCUUAUCAACAACGCCGGCUACAUGCCAACCCCUACCAAGUUCCAGGAAGCCGACCUUGACGAGUGGUGGUCUGGCUACACCAUCAACGUCUUCGGCACCGUCAACGUCACUCAAAACUUCCUCAAACACCGUGCUGCCAAGGGCGCCAGCGGCACUGCGGUUGUCAUUACUCUCAACACCAUCGCCGCCUACGAAUUCGACAUCCCGGCCCUCACCGCCUAUGGAUCUAGCAAGGCGGCUCUUGCGCGUCUGAUGGAGCUGGUCGCCUUUGAUGUCCCUAAGGAUGUCGCUCGCUUCAUCUCUGUCCACCCAGGUGCGGUUGCCACCGACAUGGGCCACCGUGCCGGUGUCAUUGAGUCUCUGACCGUUACCGAGGCUUCCCUAACCGGUGACUUCACCGCCUGGUUAGGCUCCGAAGAGGCCAGCUUCUUGGACGGACGCUUCGUCUGGGUCAACUGGGACGUCGAUGAGCUCCUUGCCCGCAAGCAGGAGAUUCUUGACAACAACAUGUACAAGACUGCCCUCGCCGGUGCCGAGACUAACCCCUUCAAAUAA